AUGAACAACUUACACCGCAGGCUUGACGACUUGAGCCCUGCUGUUCGAGAGUUGAUGAAGCUCGGUGGAACGCCAGGCUUGAGUCUCUCGGUCGCGACAAAGAACCAGCCAGUUUACCAUGCAAACUACGGCUUCCGAGACCUUCAGAACAGACUUCCUGUUACAGAAGAGACAAUAUUCCCAGUAUGUUCACUCGCCAAAGGCCUGUCAGCCGCGGCCAUGGGCAUAUUGGUUGACGAAGGCAUUGCAUCAUGGGAGAUGCAUGUUAAAGAUGCAACACCCUCUUUUCACCCAAACAACAGUGAUCUACAUGACAACACAACAUUAGCCGACCUCUACAGCCACCGUAGUGGUAUGUCAUCAUGCGGAAACCUGGUUGGUGGUUGUGAGGGUAACAUCUUGAUCGGCAAGGACGACUGCAUGCGAGUUGUUAAUCACCAGAUCCUGGUCCCUGAGAAGCUCGGCUCAUUCGCAUACAACAGUACUGCAUACGAUGCCUGUGAUGAGGCUUUAAAAAGCCUUAGCGGCGCCUCUCUUGAAGACUUCCUGCAGCAGAAGGUCUUCAACGAACUAGACUUACAAAGGACCUUCAUGAAACCGCCGCCCACCGACAAGGACAACGUGACCAAGUCUUAUAAUACUCUAGAUGAUGGAACGCCAUGGUGCAUACCAGGACCCAAGCUUGGUGAGGAUGGUAUCGGCUGCGGUUCCGGCGGACUCCGGUCUUGCGCUGCUGACUUGAUCAAGCUCUACACCUGCUUCGUCCAGAGCUUUAAUCAUGAAUGUCAGACAGGCCAAUCUUCCACACCCGGCUCCCCUCUGAAGCAGGUAUCAAGGCUCAUGUCUGCUCACGUGCCAAUGCUCGCGACUGAGAGGGGAGAAGUGUCUUACGGACUGGGAUGGGCUCGUGUGCAGCUGCCCAAUACCCUGGGACAUAUUGGCCUAAACGGUCGGCUAAUGCCACAGGGAAUGCCGGUCAUCGGAAAAGGAGUAGCUGAAGAACUGAUAUUAUACCAUCAAGGCACGCUCCCAGGCGCCCUUGCGGUUGUUAUACUGAUUCCCCGUACGGAAAGCGUCGUGUUGGUCAUGAGCAACAGCCUCUCACUUACUGAUGUACCUGACUGGGUGUCACAAAUGGUACUUGAGGAAAUCAUUGAUGUUCCGAUCAAGGAUCGCACCGACUUUAUUGCAUACGCGAAGACGUCUAUCGCUAUCAACUUGGGAUGGUAUGACCGAAUUGCCCAAGGUCUCGUGCAAGGUCAAUCACAUGCCACCAAACCUCACAAACCAUUGGAGGCAUACGUAGGAGAAUAUGUUGAUGAGAGCCGUGUUUUCAGCGUCAUGGUCACUGUGAAAAAGGGGGUGCUCUUUUGGGCAUUCCAGGGACUGGAUUCGGAAAGGUACAAGCUGACACAUUACGAUGGCGAUACUUUUACGUGGUUGCAACCACGGAACGACUUGUCGCGCCGCGGUAGAUGGGUAUUGGGAAAUGAUAAUGAUCCGUCGUUCUGGAAGAUAGAAUUUGGUGGUUUUGAUGAACAUGGCAGCGUAAACACGGUGCUCUGGCGCCACGACCCCUCCCUAGAUCCCGUUGUCUAUUCGCGAUAA